ACAAUUGGUUGAACGGUCCAGUAUUUUGUUGUGGAAGUAGAAGUACAGUAUCUCUUUCUUGUUUGUAGGAGAAAAGAAGAGAGGUUGAACAUCAAAGCUAAACCCUUUUUCUAGAGAUAAUGAUUUGUGGAUGCAGAAUUACCCAGCAUCUCAAAGAGUGGGAAGGUUUUGGGUUUGGGACUCCCUUUUCUUCUCCCAAAUUCAAAGUUUCAUCCUUUAUUAAACCCCAACUUUCUCAACCUCCAAUUCACAAAUUGCCCCAUUUUCAAUGGACCAAAGCUUCAUUCACAAGAUUAUUUACAACAAAUUCUACUUCUUCAUCCUCUUUCAUCACUUGUCUUCAAUCAAAGUUCCCCCGUGAAAUGCCCACAUGCAACGAUUCCUCCUUCAGCCAGAAGGACGAUGAUCGUGAGCUUUCAUCUGAAGGGGUGUCAUCAGUAGCAGGAGGAAUAGUAGCAUUGGGGAAGUUUGAUGCCCUUCAUAUUGGUCAUCGGGAACUUGUAAUUCAAGCAUCUAAAGUUGGAGCUCCAUUUCUUUUGUCAUUUGUUGGGAUGGCGGAGGUGCUUGGUUGGGCACCUAGGUCUCCCAUUGUUGCAAAAUGUGACCGCCAUCGGAUUCUUUCUUCGUGGGCUCCAUUUUGUGGUAAUGUUCCUCCUAAGGAAUUUCUGAUUGACUUUGCAAGUGUUAGGCAUCUCACUCCUCAGCAAUUUGUGGAGAAGUUGUCUAAGGAGCUUGGUGUACGUGGAGUUGUGACAGGUGAAAAUUACAGGUUUGGAUAUAAAGCAGCCGGUGACGCAUCUCAACUAGUGAAGUUAUGUGACGAGUAUGGAAUUCAGGCUUAUAUAAUAAAUUCUGUCAUGGACAAAAAUCAAGACAUGGUUGAUUCAACCAUAUCAGAUAAGAAAGAAAGAGGACAAGUCUCAUCUACACGUGUACGGUAUGCUCUUAGCAAAGGAGACAUAAGCUAUGUUUCCGAGCUGUUGGGUCGUCAGCAUCGCGUCAUUUUAUCAGCUGAAAAGAAAGAAGAGUUUGUUUGCUCUAAAAACCGUUUUUCUGCUCCAAAAUCCUGUUUAUUAAACCUACUACCUAAAGACGGCGUUUAUGAGAACUGUUCACUUAUAGUUGGUGACGGGAACCAGUUGCCGUGCAGGGUGCUUAUUGAUUCAACCCAUAUACACCUAGAAUUAGAUCAAAAGGAUUUCUGUGUCCUUGAUGCUGUUAACAAUCAUCAUCUUUUGAGCAUUGAAUUCUGGAGCUGAAUAAGUUUUGAGUGACUGGUGUAUGGGUGACCAGAUAUGUGAUGCAUAUUCAGAUUUCAGAAGAAACUGAUGAUGAUACAGAGUUGAUGAACCAGUACUCAGGGUUAAAAAAAACCUGUUCUUGCAUCAGAAUAAUUUGUUCUGUUCAAAGUUCUGGUGAUCUAAUGCUAUUGAAAACCUGAAAAAGCAAGUACUGGUACGGGUGGUUGUUUUUGUUCUUCGAUGAUGAACCUUCAAUUGGCAUCAAACCUGCAUCUGUUCGAGGCUGAAGGUUCAAAAGACGAGUAGUUUUUUCCCGUAAUGGACAAGAAUCUUGUGCUCAUUGGUGCAGCUCCUUCUCAACACAUACAUUGAUUCAUUAUUGUAAGAAAAAUGCUGUCAAUGUUGUAUUUUUAAUUUUGCAUUAGUUGGUGAACAAAUAAACACCCAUGUAACUGUAUUGCAUAGUUAGUCUAUAAAGCACUACAUAUUAUUUUUAUUUUUUUGGGUGUGAAAAAGGAAAAAUAAAAUAAAAUUAUAGAUGUUCUUGAAAAA